AGACAGCCGUGGCAAUGAAAGAAUCUCACAUACCAAUAAAAACUUUUCUCAAACGAACUUAUCACGUGGACCUACUUAUUUAGCUUGCAAGGGCGCAUGCCCAUUGGUAGGCGGAGUCUGCACGUGCAGAUAGAAGGGAAGAGUUCAGUUUCAACAGGUGAAUGAGGUCGAUGACAGGAUUCGCUCCUCAUUCUAAAUAAGUCGCUCUCACCCCUCCCCGCCGGGCAGAGUAAAGUACUAUAAAAUGGGCAGUAGGCACACAGACUUCUCAAUAUUCAGGCAAAUUUAGUAGCAUCAACUAAGACGUAGUGGAGAAGAAAGAGUAUUAAGAAUACUUUGCUGAAAGAACUUUUAUAGGAAGGGUAAUUACGAUAGCAGAAAAGAAAGAGAAAUGGAAUUUAGCUUUCAUGUUUGGCUGUUUUUUCUGAGUUUUGGAAUAAUGUCCAAUAUUACAAGCUCUGCACCACAAGUGGACACUACUUCUGGUAAACUGUUAGGUAUGACACUUGACACACCAUUUGGGCAUGUUAAUAAAUAUCUUGGCGUUCCCUAUGCUAAAGCACCCCUGGGUGAACUGCGUUUCCAGCCACCUCAGCCCUUGGACAAAGAUGAAGUAACCGUUAUAAGGGAUUCAUCCAGGUUCGGUCAAGUAUGUCUCCAGCCACCUCACUUGAAAGAAGUAAUCAGCCCUCUUCUCCUGACUAACAACAACGAUCAGUCAGUGGUGAGUGAAGACUGUUUGACGCUGAAUAUCUACGUUCCCGCCGGAAGGCACCUAGGCGCUUUACCAGUAAUGGUGUGGUUGCCAGGCGAAGGUUUCGACUACGCAGACGCUACCCAAUUCGAUGGAACUUUUCUAGCAUUAUUGGGACAGGUCAUCGUGGUCACAGUUAACUACAGAGUAUCAGUGUUCGGAUUCUUGUCCACUUUGUCUCAGGAGGCUCCAGGUAAUGUGGGACUUCUGGACCAGCGGCUAGCCCUCCAGUGGAUUCAGCAGAAUAUUGGUCAGUUUAAUGGAGAUACCAACAAAGUCACUUUUUUUGGUAGGUUCUCGGGAGCCAUGAGUAUCAGUGCCCAUUUAGCUUCUCCAUUAAAUCAAGGUAGCAACAAAUUGUUCCAUAGGGCUAUUCUGCAAAGUGGGGUGGCAACUGGUGAAUGGAUUUUCGAUAAUGACCCUCUCAAUGCUACUCUUCAAUUAGCUAAGGCUUUAAAUUGUGGUUCUACUUCUUGGAACACUGUAAUUCAAUGCCUACAAGAGAUUCCUGCGAAAGUUCUGCUUAACAAGUCUUUGAUGGUUCCCCAACGCUGGAGACCAGUUAUUGAUGGACACUUUCUCACUGAUGACCCUCUUUCUGCUGUAAGCAAAGGUAAAUAUGUUCCCGUGGACGUGAUUCUUGGAGUCAACAGUGAUGAAGGCUCAUUAUGUCUUCUAUCUUUAUUUGCUCAAAAGUCUGAAAUGUAUCAAAAAAUUCUGAAUGGACAACUCACUGUUGAAGAUUUUAAGCAGCUUUUGGAGAAGAAUUUGCAAGAUUUCUUGAAGAAGGACGAUCAAGUCAUCAACAAAUUGGCAGCACACGAGUACCAACACUUAAAGAAGGCCAAACUUAGAGAUAGCUACAUGGACUUCUGCGGAAGUAUGUACAUCACAGCCCAUACAGAACAGCUCGCCAGACUUCUGACCAGGCAAGGAAAAUCCAAGGUAUUCAUGUACGAGUUCGUCCACAGGCCUUCUUUUUCUAUUCACCCAGAUUUUAUCCAAGCAGCCCACGGUGAUGAUGUUCUCUUCACCUUUGGCUUAGUGCACCAGUUGUCCCAUGUCCCAGACGAAGAACUGAAGCUGAGCAGAAGGAUCAUCACAGCCUUCUCCCAUUUUGCUAGCACUGGUAAUCCCAACCCACUGAACAAGGAAGAAAAUCCUAAGUGGUCUGAGUACAGCGACACCCAGCGACAGGUUCUUGAAUUCACUGUUGAUUUGAAAAAUUAUUCUGUUAAAACAUCUGAUCAUGAGAGGGAUGUUGCAUUUUGGUAUAGUGUUGUCCCUUCUCUUCAUGACAAUGAUCUAUCGACUUCUUAUUGUUCAACGACUGACAUUAAACCGUCAGAGAGCUUCGGAUUUAUUGGUUUCGUUCUCAGUAUUCAAGCAGCAGAAUAUAUUAUAUUAGGCUUAGUUGCACUUACUUUAAUAUUGAUUGUGGCAUUGUUUGUUAUAUUGAGGUUACUUUGGUCGAGUAACGAAAGGAGAGGGUUUACUAAGUUUUAAUGGUCCUAAAUCUGUAAAUAGAAUGUGACAUAUCUUUGUAUAUUUUAUAAAUAUUCCUCAUAGCCAAAUUCAAAAGUCAUCAUGCUUGUAUUUCACGAUAUCUUGAAGUUAUUGUUAAUUUGUAUUGGACAAAAGCUACGAUACAGGCGCAGCAUUUUGUCCCAACGUUCUUGUCAUUGUCCAGAGGAGUUCCCAGAAAUGUAUUAGACUUUUUGUUAAUUCUUAUUUUAUGUUGAAAUAGAAUAUUCCACCAGAUGUAAAAUGAAUUCAGUUAUAACUGACAUCCAACUGUAGUUAAGUAAUUGACUUUUUAGAAAAUUUACUAUAAUAUCAGAAAGCAUCCAGAAUAAAACAACCUAUAGGAAACUCUGAAAAAAGGGAGAUUAACAGAGUAAGUUAUUAUGCAGAACAUGAAAAAAAUACAUACCAUAGUUAUUACGUGAUAAUGAAAGUUUAAUCCAUAAAAUAAGUUAGAUAUAAAUAUAUGCAGACAUAGGCGGCAGAACCGGGGACAUGCUCCCCUCAUCCAAGUUUUACCCCUUUUAAUGGGCAGGAGAAACUAGUGUAUACUAAUUAUCAAAGAACGUCGCUGUUUCAACUUUGAACUCGAUGGACACUGUUAAAAAAGUCAAUAUGGUGCCCCCAAUCGCCGAUGUCCCCUAAAUUCUUAUUGUUCUGCCGCCUGUGUAUACAGACUCUAUAUUUAUUUGUUCCUCAUUAGAAAAUUAUUGUAUAUUAAAAGAAAAUUAGUAAGAUGUUCUGACAAAGUAACUGCCGUAUCAUAUUGUAUUAAAAAAAUCAAACGUACAACGUAGUGAAAUGGUCACCAGUCAUUGUUAAUAUCAUUUUGUUCAUGGAUUUUAACGUACACUGAAUGAAAUAAAGAUGUGAUAAUGAGUACGCU